AUGAUUAGAAAUAGAAUGGAACAAUUAAGCAUCUACAAGAUUAGGUUCUUGAAAUUUAGACAGUCACAUACAUUAUACGUCCUUUACUUGACUGCAGUGGCUGCUUUGCAAUUUAUAGCUAUAGCAUUCUUUACUAAAGGUUUCCUACUAUCAAGAAAUGUCCUGGAUGACAUCAAUGAAUUGAAACCAUCAAUGUAUGCAGCAAAUUCAUCGAAUAAUGGUUUUGUUCAUCAACAAAAAUUUGAAAAAACAGUGAUCCUGGUCAUAGAUGCGUUGCGAUUUGAUUUUGUUAUACCCGUCAAUACAAAUAAUUCAGCUUACAAUUCAAAUCAUCACAAUAAAAUUACAACUUUAUACGAUCAAUUCUGUAAGGAAUCAGUAGGAAAAAAACAAAACAAUUCCUUACUGCUGAAGUUCUUGGCGGACCCUCCGACCACAACUUUACAAAGAUUAAAAGGUUUGACAACAGGUUCGUUGCCAACUUUCAUUGAUGCAGGUUCUAAUUUUGAUGGCACUGUUAUUGAAGAAGAUAAUUUGAUAAAACAGAUGUAUCUUAAUAACAAAGAAGUGUUCUUUGUAGGCGAUGACACUUGGGAUGCUCUUUUCAGUCCGUUUUUAUCAAAUCAUAGCAUCCCUUAUGAAUCUUUAAACGUUUGGGAUCUGGAUACGGUAGAUAAUGGUGUGAUAUCUUACUUCAAUGACAAUUUAAUACGUUCUGAAGAAUAUAAAAAGAAAAAUUCACAAUGGAACGUUUUAAUCGGACAUAUGUUAGGUGUGGAUCAUGUUGGUCAUAAAUAUGGUCCAAAUCAUUUCACUAUGAAGGAAAAACAACUUCAGGUCAAUAACUUUAUUAAUGACAUUAUAAAUGUCAUUGAUGAUGAUACACUAUUAGUUAUAAUGGGAGAUCAUGGUAUGGAUCAUACCGGUAACCAUGGGGGUGAUUCAAUUGAUGAGUUAGAGAGUACGCUGUUUUUGUACUCGAAGAGGCAAAACGUUUGGAAGUUAGAAGAUGAUCAUUCCGUUUAUAACAUUGAUGACUUGGGAUCAAAUUAUAAAAGCAUUAACCAGAUCGAUUUAGUACCAACAUUGGCUUUAUUAUUAGACAUUCCAAUUCCAUUUAACAAUUUAGGAUGGCCAAUUAAAGAAAUUGCUGUUAAUGAACUUGAACAACAAUUUUUCUCAAAUAUAACCUUAGAUCAAUUAAAAAAAUAUCAAGAAACUAAUGGUCUCUUCCCAACAGGUUCAGAUAAAUACAGAAUGUUAGAAAAUCUAUUCAAUACUUCAAAAGAAAAUUAUGAGCUUUCAAAAGAGUAUCAAGCUUACCUAUUGAUGUUAUGCAAGGAUUUAUGGGCUAAUUUUGAAUUUCCAAGUAUAGCGAUUGGUAUUAUCUUCUUAUUUUUAUCAUUAAUAAUUCUCAUAACUACAACUAAGUUGAUACCUUCGAUAGUAGUUAGUCAAAUGGUACCAAUAUUUGUUCCUUUAAUCAUUAUGAUGAUAUUUGUAUCGCACCUGUGUUUGUUCAGUUUAUUCUACGUUUUCCAACCUCCGGCUUUCAUUGAAGAAAGAUUUUGGUGCUCACUUUUAGCCACCGCUAUCGGUAUCACCUUAGCUUGCUUUUCGCAAAUAUUUGAAAGGUACAGUUUGAAAUGGUUAAUUUUUAGAUUCUUCGGAGAAUUAUCAGAUUAUUGGUCAAGGGUCGGUUCUGUUUUCAUAAUAUUGCAUGCAGUUAUCUUUACAUCAAAUUCAUUUACUAUAUGGGAAGACAGAAUUAUUAGUUUCUUCAUUGCAACUAUUGGUUUGUUUACGAUGUACGAAUUUAUAUUUGUUCCAAACAGAGAAUCGACUAGUGCAUUGUUAUCUGGAGUUUUGAUUGCCAAAGAGAGAGAUAGUAAAAAGAUCCGAAAUUUUGAAGAAGAGGUCUACUCAGAUUGCUUACCACUAACAAAAAUACAAAGAGCAUUGGGAAUUUAUCACUCUUUGAUUUUAAUUUGCUGCACACGUAUAUCAUCCUUCAUAACUAUUUGCAGAGAAGAACAAGGUGAUUUUUGCACUCCUACAUUCUCUACGUCUAGUAAUUACUCGAUCAAUACAAUUGGUAUAUUGUUUGUGUUGAUGAUUGUCGUACCUUUUUGCAUUCAAGGUUAUUAUAAUUUAACAUCAUCCUUUCAAGGAUCUGCUCCAAUUUGGAUCAAUUUAUUCCUAAGAUUGGUACUAUUUGGUGUAUUCUGCCUAUGGGGAUUGAAUACCGUUGAAAAUUACCUAAACGAACCGAUUCUGGAAAUCAACAUGUUUAAAAUAUCAUUAGCUAGAUCACUAGCGGGAGUAUCAUUGAUCGCAUUGAAUUUUGGUUGGAUAUUUGGCCCACUGUGUGUUAAUUUGGGAAUAACUAGAACCAAAGAAAAUAGUAAGGAAAAUAGUGCUACUAUAUUAGGUGUAAAGAAUAUUUAUGGAUCUCAAUAUUUUUUACUUGUACUAAAUAUAUUUAUGGCAGUCAUGAUUUUCAGCAAGCCAUUAGCACAAAUUUCACUAUACUUAAUGCUAAAUCAAAUCUUGUCAGUUAUUGAAAUAAUAGACAUGUUCAAAUUGAAGGAAAAUAUUAUUGGUCCAGUUAUCCUAAACCUAAUAGCUUACCAACAUUUUUUUACAACUGGUCACCAAGCAACUAUUCCAGCUGUUCAGUGGGAUGCAGGUUUUAUCUUAUCCGAAACGAUUAGUUUUCCAUUGACUCAUAUUGCAAUUUUUCUUAACACCUUUGGACCACAGGUUUUAGCGUCAGUAGCAAUUGCCCUUUUCACACUUUGGAAGCAGCCUCCUUUAGUCUUAAAACCUCAGACUAUGCUAGGAAGAAUUGUAUCUAAUUGUGGCUGUUUACUAAUAUACAAUACAGUUUUGUGUUUAAGUACCUUUAUAUGGGUGACACAUUUCCGUAGACAUUUAAUGGUCUGGAAGAUUUUCUGUCCAAGGUUUAUUUUCGCAAGUUUGAGUUUGAUUGUGACACAAAUUAUAGUUAUUCUGAUAACUAUAGCAUUUGCCAGUGGAAGAUUAAUAAGACAAAUUAACAGUUUCUUUUGGGAAUUCUGA